AUGCACCUUCGAAAAGGCGCAUUUGAGGAGGCUGUCAGGAAAGCGUAUGAAGCCAUGGAGGAUGCCGAAGGCCAGAGACUCGAGCAACCAAAUGUUUCUAAGCUGUACGCAAGCCUGGAGUCUCAAGCAAUUGAGGAAACCAUCCGUCAAACAUCUGCAGCAUUCAUCCAACUUGCAGGUCUUAACCCAGGAUCAUUUGCUGCUGCUCUUGGUGUAGAGGAAACAAUUGCCACAACACAAGCAUUAAGGCACUUACAGGCAAUGGAAGCAGCCACGCAGACGUUGAAGGAGCUAAAGACAACGCUUGAUGGUAAAGAUGCGAAGGCAGCUGAAGAGUUGUUGACGACCUGCGGCUCCCGCAUAAAAGAGAGAUUUGAAGCGAGUGACUUUUGGUCUGUCAGCAACGAUGUUCUCAAGACGCAGGCAACGACGAUUUCUGAGCACAUGGAGAUUUGCGGAAUGCAGCGCUCGAUUGAUGAGAGCAUUGGACGGCUCAUAGACCAAAGAAACGCAGCAUUUACCCAGCAACAAUGCUUCAUCGAUGCAUCCUUGCUAAACAACUUAGCGGAAUUCAGCAAAGCCGUAGCAGUCCUUCAGGAAGACAUAUAUGGCCAUUUCUGCAGUGCACGGAAACGAUAUGAAAAGGCACAAUCUACAAAGAGGCUAACCAUACUUCCUGCAAUCCUGAAACAGUUCACCGAGACGGCUGAAAACGUCUACAAGGAAUUUGUACAGCAUCAAACGGAUGCGGAAGCCCUGUUUCAGGAAUCCAUGAAUUCGAAGACCAGCGAACUAAACGCAUCACUCAUGGAGCUAGUUUUACAGUGCAGAAGGGCUCUGGAAGAAACAAAGCGCGAGAUUGCCAAUAAGGAGCAGCUCACCUGGUCCAAACGCGAAACCAUGGAAACUGAAAUCCUUACAGCUUACCAUUCUGCGCUUUGCCAAACCAGGCAGGGUCAGCUAGCUUACAGGUAA